CCGCACGAUCCAGUUACUGUAGCUGCCUGCUGCAAUGAAAAUAUCUUCGUUGGUGGGUGGAUAUAUGGGCCCGCUUCCAUCAUUUGUUUCCCCAAAUACUGACUGAGUAAAAGCGAGCCAGCUGGAGAAGUCAUGAGGCGAGUGAUAUGGCUCACAGCUGGCAUUUGUCUCUCGGGAGCCAACAGCUGGCCGCCUCAUGCCAUCCUGUAGCCGGGCCCUCGCUCUCUGAGCUCCACGCACGUCAUGCAACACACCUUUUGACUUCAUGAAGAUCCCUGACAUCGGUGAUGUAAUGAAUAAAUUUGAAGUCCUUGGGAUCGUGGGUGAAGGUGCCUAUGGUGUUGUUUUGAAGUGCCGACACAAGGACACCAAUGAAAUUGUGGCAAUUAAGAAAUUCAAAGACAGUGAAGAAAAUGAGGAGGUUAAAGAGACAACGCUCCGGGAGCUUAAGAUGCUCCGCACCCUCAAGCAGGAGAACAUCGUUGAGUUGAAAGAGGCCUUCCGCAGGAGAGGAAAGCUCUAUCUCGUCUUUGAGUAUGUGGAAAAGAACAUGCUCGAGCUGCUUGAGGAGCUGCCCAACGGUGUGCCGACGGAGAAAGCUCGCAGCUACAUCUACCAGUUAAUCAAAGCAAUUCACUGGUGCCAUAAGCAUGACAUUGUUCAUCGGGACAUAAAGCCAGAAAACCUUCUCAUCAGCUCUGAUGACGUACUAAAAUUAUGUGACUUCGGCUUUGCACGUAAUCUCUCUGAGGGGACUGAUGCCAAUUACACCGAGUAUGUGGCCACUAGAUGGUACCGCUCUCCUGAACUCCUGCUUGGGGCUCCUUACGGGAAAGCUGUGGACAUGUGGUCAGUGGGCUGCAUCUUAGGAGAGCUGAGUGAUGGGCAGCCUCUGUUCCCAGGGGAGAGCGAGAUUGACCAGCUCUUCACCAUCCAAAAAGUGUUGGGACCCCUGCCACCAGAGCAGAUGAAGCUCUUCUAUAACAACCCCCGCUUCCACGGGCUGCGGUUCCCUGCUGUGAACCACCCCCAAACCUUGGAGCGAAGAUACCUCGGUAUCAUCGGUGGAGCCCUGCUGGACCUGCUGAAGAGCCUGCUGCUGCUGAACCCGACAGAGCGCUUUCUCACAGAGCAGAGCCUGAACCACCACGCCUUCCAGACCCUGCGGCUGGUAGAGCGGCCCGGCCCACCCACACCUACACCUGUACGCUCCUCCAAGAGAAAACCUCACCAUGGAGACAACACCACCCCCAGCAGGAGCCAUGGGGGAAAGAGCUCAGGAAGCCACCGCUCCAGCAGCAGAGAGUGCUCCAGCUUGCCUCGACACGAAGACCUCCACCCCAACAACGACGGCUUUCUCAACGGCAACAUGCCCACAGCAAUCAACCUCAGUCCCACCCUUCAUACUAAAAACUACCAGCCACAGAUCUUCAACCACUCCACCUCGUGCAACAUGGACCUGGCCAGCAGCAACCUGCCUCAUCUGCUCAGCCCUGGCGAGGCCAAGAGCAAGGGCGACUUGGGGUCCAAGAUGUCCGACGGACCCGGAGCCAAGUACCUCAAAUCCAACUUCCGCUCGCAGCAGAACCGCCACUCUUUUGUGGAGGGGAAGACCAACACGCUUCAGUCAGGGGAGAAACACAGUCGACACAACUACAUGGAGUCUCACAGCUCCACGCCGUCCUCCUCUAAGUUCGCCUACUUGAACUUGUCCAAGAGCUACGGCACGCUUAGCGAUGCCAAGUCAGUGGGGAACUUGAAUGAUGUGCAUCUUUAUGCAGAUGAGCCCACGUCUCGUUAUUUCCCCUCCAGCUGCCUUGACCUCACAGCGCCGAGCAGCCCGGCAGCCCGCCGAGUUGACAGACUGGGACCCGGCGCUGCUGGCAGGGGAAGCAUGCGCUCGGAGAGAGAGAGCAACACGCUGGACUCGUCAUACAGGCGCUCCUCCACCCGCCACAAGGCCUCAGAGGAGUCCCAGUCACCAGACGCCCUGGACCCAGCGGAAAGUGGCAUGGAAAGGAGCCACGGUCAUUCUCUGUCCGCCCCGCACGACCCUCUGGCUUACGGUCAGGGAUACACCAGCCCCUUCUCCUCCCAGCAGCGGCCACACCGCCACUCUAUGUAUGUACGGAGGGAUCACCAGAGGACACACGGAGGAGAUGAGGGGCUGUUGGUGGGGCAGGGAAUACCCACCAGAGCCAGCAGCCUGCAGCUCCUGUCUCCACAGCUGCAGCACCGCACACUGCCUCGCCACUCUGGGGGCUCGUCCAGAGAAGAAGACAUGAGCAGGAGCGAACAGGCACCCACUGAGGUCACCCACAGCAGACCCCCAAUAAGGGACUCCACAAGGGACAACACCGCAUCUUUUCACACACAGCGGCAAAAAAACGAGGUUGGCUUAUAUCACGACCAGCAAACAGAAGAUGGGGGCUCUUCCAAAGAGAACCGCAACAUUUACAGCGAAUCCAUGCCUAGGAGGGUGGGCAGCUUCUACAGAGUCCCUUCUCCCCGGCCAGACAACUCCUUCCAUGAUAGCAGGAGUCAGAGGUCAGGGGACGGCAGCAACAUGACCAACCACUCCAAACGCCAGCCAGCCUUUGACCCCUGGACCGGCCCAGACACUGUAGUGUUGAACCCUUCUGAGCCAUCCAAAGAAAAGGAAAAGCAGGGUUUCUUCAGAGCAAUAAAGAAGAAAAAGAAAAAAUCUCAAAUGGUGAGUCGUAUGUCGAGUACUUCUCACCCUAUGAUUCAAACAUUAUUGAGCCAUGUUCUGGAUGCACUAUUUCAUACAUAUGAACCGUCUGUCUACAUAUCUCUUCAUCUGCUUCUCAAACGUUUAAUGCUUUUAUUAGCACCUUUACCGAGAGAUAAAAUCACUUGUUGUUGUCAUGUGCACCAUGUUUCCCUGUGCCACCAGUCAUGUGCCUCUAUAUUACAGAUGGAAGUCCCUGAUGGAAGACCUCCUGUCAUCAAGAAAUAUCUUUUCCCUCUGUUUAGCUCAAAGAAUAACAUAAAGUAUAGUUCCUCUGUGAGAGUCCUCCCUGUAGUAUCCUCUCCCAUGAUUCCUAACGACGGGGUGGAUACAGUCAUCCAGAAGUCCUCCAGGUCCUCAGGUCACCAGAGCAGCCGCCACAGGUCUCGUGACAAGAGCCGAGACCGGGACCAAGACCGAGACAGGGACAAGGACUGGCCACCUGAGAAACUGUCUGACUCACACUCGCCUAGUCAGCCACUGAAGUCUUUGCGCAAGCUCCUGCACCUUUCAUCAUCGUCCUCCAACCAGCCCGCACCUUCUGACAUGCGCUACCAGCCGCUGCCUAAUCCAGCCUCUGCCCAAGGUGGUUUUACUGAAAGUCGGGGUCACUCAGGGGUCAGUACACCCCAGCUGAAGAGCCGACAGUCAGGCUACCCGCUGCCUGGACAGCUGGAGUCUGGCUGGCACACGUCUGCCCUGGGCCGCCCCGAAGGCAACCCUUACCCAGAGCAAAUGAGCAUCAAGGGGGGCCAGAACGGGCACGGCUUCGGACGCCCCUCCAGGUCUCGUAUGCCAAACCUCAACGACCUGAAAGAGACGGCUCUGUGAUCUCCAAUCUGCAGCUCUCAGAUCCACUUUAAACUCCUCUGUUUGCCCCUCUGUUGCUCCCACACAUCCCUUGCAUAACACUUCACCUGCUGAUCACACACACACACACACACACACACACACACACACACACACACACACACACACACACACACACACACACACACACACACACA